AUGGCUUCCACGCAGCAGCGCUCAUGGCUCGACAAGGUGUACCUCGUGUAUUUUGUGCUACACAUUCCAAUCUUGUUUUUGGUCGACCUCGUCCCCUUCUACCCGCGCUCACUAUGGGCCACGAGCGACGCGCCUUUGUCUUUCCUGGGUGACCUACGCGUCUAUUACCUAGAGACCUACAAGGACCAAUUCUUUGCCCCGCCUCCGGCACCUAUCCCGUCCUUCUUCCCGCUUUUCGCUGUUCUGGAGCUCGUCUUUCAUCUGCCCGUCUCGGUCUGGGCGGUGCGCCGGCUCUGGUCGUCUGGUGGGCCGGGACUUGAUGGCCGGGCUGAGCUCCUACUCCUUGUCUACGGCAUCGAGACUGUUCUCACUACUGGCAUAUGCAUGUAUGAAGCGUGGCUCUGGGACGAGGCGCUCAUCAGCCUCAGUGAGAAGGCCGUGCUUCUCGGAGGCCUGUAUGGUUCGUACUUUGCUCUUGCGGCUGUACUGAGUGUCGACAUGUACCACCGGAUAUGGAAGAGAUUUGAUGAUGUAGACGCAAAGAAGAAGACGCAAUAA